AAAUAAAAUAACUCAAAAACAAUAAUGUUCUGAUUUAAUAAGAAUUAAUCUGACGUCUUAUUAAAGCCUAGUUGAUGAGAGCAAUGUUCGUUCAAUACAUGCAAUAUUCAUCUUUCACAACUCCAACUCAUCACAAACCGAUCAACAAAACCUAGUCCCAUGGCCACAGUUGCCGACGGCCACCUCCACCACCGCAACGAGGGUGGCGGCGGGAAGGUGGUGGUAGUCAUGGUGCCUCUACCGGCGCAAGGCCACCUCAACCAGCUCCUCCAGCUCAGCCGCCUCAUAGCCGCCUACGACAUCCCUGUCCACUACGCCUCCACCGCCGCCCACAACCACCAGGCACGGCAGCGCGCCCAUCCGCUGGCCGCCGCCGCCAACAUUCACUUCGACGAUCUCCCCCUCCCGGAAUACCAAUCCCCAAGCCCUAACCCCAAUUCCGCCAACAAAUUCCCCUCCCACCUCCAACCCCUAUUCGACGCCGUCGCCCACCUCCGACACCCCGUCGCCGCCCUCCUCCGCUCCCUCUCGUCCACCGCGGACCGCGUGGUCGUCAUCCACGACUCGCUGAUGUCGUCCGUCGUCCAAGACGCCGCCUCCAUACCUGACGCCGAGUCCUACACUUUCCACAGCAUCUCAGCUUUCUCCAUCUUCUUGUAUUUCAGCGAGGGCUUAGAAACUCCAUUUCCGAUCAAUGAAGAGCUGCAGAAGCUAGCGAUUCCCUCUCUCGAAGAUUGCUUCUCGCGGGAAUUCAUGGAAUUCAUCGUCUCUGAGCAGAAAUACAUCGAUCUCGACUCCGGCAUCAUCUUCAACACCUGCAGAGAAAUCGAAGGCGAAUUCUUAAAUUCAAUCGAAAAAAUCUCCGGAUACAAAUGCAAGAGGAAUUGGGCGUUAGGGCCAUUCAAUCCGAUUUCGAUCAAUGGGAAAGAAAUUGAUCAUAACCUCCACCGUCAUGAAUGCCUGCAAUGGCUAAACACCAAGGAGCGAAAUUCAGUAACAUUGGUCUCGUUCGGCACCACAACUUCAUUUCCCGACGAUCAAAUCGAGGAGCUGGCAAUUGGACUUGAAGAAAGCGGGGUGAAUUUCAUUUGGGUGGUGAGGGAAGCAGACAGAGGCGAUUGCGGCGGCGGCGGCGAGAAACCGGUACCGGAAGGGUUCGAGGAGAGGGUUAGAGAGAGGGGAAUGGUGGUGAGGGAUUGGGCGCCGCAGCUGGAGAUAUUAGGGCACUCUGCGACGGGGGGGUUUGUGACUCACUGCGGCUGGAAUUCGUGCAUAGAGAGUUUGUCGAUGGGGAAACCAAUCGGCGCGUGGCCGAUGCACUCCGAUCAGCCUCGGAACGCGGUGUUGAUGACGGAGGUGCUCAGGGUGGGUGUGGUGGUGAGGGAUUGGGGCAAGAGGAAUGAGGUUUUGAGGGCGCCGGCGAUUGCCGUUGCGCUGAGGAGGCUGAUGGCGUCGGAGGAAAUGCGGCGGAAGGCGGAGGAGGUGGGUGAAAUUGUCAGGAGAGCGGCGGCGGAGGGCGGCGCUACGCGGUUGGAGAUGGAUUCCUUCGUUACUCAUAUUACCAGAUAGAUAUACUCCUGUAGAUUAAUAUUUAUGAGUUGUUUGGUGAAUUUGAAGCUCUUCUGUUUGGAAUUAAACAAAUUAAGUGUUUGUAAUUCGUAACUAUUAUUGUAAGAAAAAUAAUAAACUUUUCUCUACUUUAUAUUUGA